AUGAGUAAACUGUCUCAACACGCAGUUAAGGAAGCUAUUGCGAGUAUAUAUUUAAGUAACUCAACUUCUAGAUCCUCGAAUGAUGAAAACGACGACACGAACAGCUCGGCUAUGCUCCUUGAUCUAGAAGCUCUUAAUUGUCCUAUUUGCUACGACGCACUGACUAGUAAUAUCUUCCAGUGUGAUAAUGGACACUUGGCCUGCUCUGCAUGCUGUAGCAAACUGAAGAACAAAUGUCCUUCUUGUACUCUUCCCGUUGGUCACAGUCGUUGCAGAGCAAUGGAGAGGGUUAUUCAAUCAGUCAUGGUCCCGUGUCCUAAGGGUUGCACAAAGAGUUUCUCUUAUGGGAAAGAAUUAGCUCAUGAGAAAGAAUGUCAUAUCUCUUUUCCUGUCCUGCAAAAAACUGCAAUCAAUACAGUUACAGAUACAGUGGCUCAUCAUGAGAAAGACUGUGCUUCCUCUUCAUGCUCCUGUCCUGCAAAGGAGUGUUGUUACAGUGACUCUUACAAGAAUCUAUACAAUCACUUUAAAACUCACGAGAGUGAAAGAGGGUGUGGUUAUCGGAUUAUUGCUGGCGGAUUUCCUGAAGUGGUACACCUUGAAUCGAGUGCGUAUACUUCAGUUGUGAUGAAUGAAAGCAGGGAUGGUUUAUUGUUUGUUGUUCAGUGUUUCAGUGAGCCACAUGGUGUUUAUGUGACUAUGAACUGUAUUGCUCCUUGUGUUCCGGAAGUUUGUGAGUUCUCGUGUCAUAUGUCCACCGUUAUGGAAGAACAUAAUAAUAUGACAUUUGAUUUGCCAAAGGUCAAGAGAGUUCGGAAACUGAGUUUGGAAACCCCUGAAGAGGAUUUCAUGUUGGUUCCUCGCUAUUUCUUGCGUGGACGUCAAGCGUUGGAGUUGAGGAUAUGCGUCAGAAAGUUUAACCGAGGGAAGAUUUAA